AUGAGCUGGAAGCGCUUCGCAAAGGACCUGUACGAUGGACGCAUCGAACAGCUAUGCAUUCUUUUGGACUGCGAAAGAAUGACAAGUGAAGCAGAAUAUGGCAAGACGAAGCAGGAACGCUACAACGAGCAGAGUUGCAAGAUUCUGCGAGAGCACAUGGAUGUGCUCUCGGACGGGACUCCCGCGGAAGAAGUAUCCCGACGCGACAGCGGCUACUGUCGCGGGAUCAAGCAAGGUGCGCGAUGCAUUGCUUGUGUUCGGUGCACGACUUCGCACCGAACUGCUUCUACAUGA